AUUCAACAAAAGUCGCUGAUUUUCUGUAAGCUUCAUACUCUGCCUAGUAACAACCACAAUACAUUUUAUCAUUGGACUGAAUUGUUUCCUUGUCCAAUCAGUGCUGACCUGGGGAACUAAGCAGGUUAUGGCUUAGUUACAGGCAGUGUAGGAAGCAGAGUAAGAGAAUGGCUUGUUAUAUCUCUCUAGUGUUCCUUCUGGGCUUCCCUGCCGUGUAUUCUGGCAGUCACUCUUUGCACUACUAUAUAUCCAUGCUUUCAGCACCGGCCCAUGAAGUGCCCCAGUAUUCCAUUGUGGUAUAUGCCGACGGCUUACCAAUUGGGCGAUAUAACAGUGACUUACAUCGGGCUCAGUUUCUGAUUCCAUCUCUGAAUGUACUUACUGAGCACUUGGAGCUGCAGACUAAAUUUGCACAAAGGUGGCAGGUUUAUCAGGAACGCAAGAUGGCGUUUCUAAUGGGGUUCUUAAACAGGACAUCCGACAGGGGCACAAUCCAUAUCUACCAGAGGAAGUUUUCCUGUGAGUUGGAAGAAGACGGCACCAUUGGGGGAUAUCAGGAAUUUGCACUUGAUGGCAGGGAGGUUAUUACGUUCGAUAGAGAGAAUGAAGUGUUUGUGCCGGCGACACAAGAGGCCGUGACUAUGCUGCCGCGGUGGAAUCAGUAUCUCGGCAAUGCAAAAGGGAAUAAGAUGUACAUGGAAAAUGAAUGUAUUGAACAUAUAAAACUCUACCUCCCUUUAAUAAUGAUGGACUUAGAGAAGAAAGUGAAGCCCAAAGUGAAGGUUUCCAUCUCAGAAUCAGACAGCGGAGUUGAACUGCACUGCCGGGUGUAUGGGUUCUACCCCCGAGAUGUGGAAGUGAAGUGGAUAAAGAAUGGGAGAGAUGAGAUUCACUCAGAGGAGGCAGCACAGAUCCUGCCAAACCCUGAUGGCACCUAUCAGAUCAGAGUCAGUGUGGGGGUAACACCAGAGGGGGGCGCCACUUACUCCUGCCAUAUAGAUCACAGCAGCUUGGAGAAGGCACUGGUUGUGCCCUUUGAAGGAGAAACCAAAGGAUACGUUAUUUACAUUGUAAUUGGCGUUGUUGUGGCUGCUCUCCUUGCUCUUUGCCUGGGACUUUUUAUACAAAGAAAGAUGAAUGGAUUCAAAGGCAGCCGGCAGAGCGUAAGCACAGAUGAACAAGAUUAAACUCCAUAUCAGAGUCCAGGCAGAUUUUUCAACACCAAAUAAUGUGAAUAUUUUUUACCCUAUUGUCAAAAGUCUGUUACGUACAGUUGAUCUUUCUCGGGGAAGGCGCACACAGCCUAUGGGCGGAUAUGACUAUUCUGAAGUAUAAGCGAAUACCUCGGGAAGUGUAUCAUGAAAUGAGGGCAUUAUAAGUCUCAUCUAUUUCCAUAGAGGUUGGUUUGACUACUUUAACCCUUAUGGGAGAUGGGAGUCAGAAGGGCACUGCUGAAUAUGCUUUGGCCCAAGGCUAACUGGAAUAGGCCACACAGUGACCCUAUGUUUUACCUUUUUUCACCCAAACAGUAGACUAAGGAUUCAGUUCAAGGGCUUUACAGAUUAUUUACUUUUUGCCUGGUCUAAAUUGACAAGACUAUAAAUACAGUGAAAGCCCAUUGGGUAUAUUUAUCAAUAAGUGAAAUUAGAGCUCACUGCAGUCUGCUAGAGUGAAAUUCUACAUUUCUAUGGCAUUUUUAAAAACAUAUUUAUCACAGUGUAAACUUUCAUUUUUAUUGAUUAAUACGCUUUUAAAAAUCCCAUAGAAAUGAAUGGAGAGCGGCAGAACUUCACUCAGCAAAACUAGAAAACUCUGUGUUGGAACUGGAAUAGGAAACCGCCUGCUGGGGGUAUAGGUUAAAUGGGCUGCACCCCCAUGGAUUUACUAAGGAUUAUGAUCAGUAUCUUAUUGUGUAUUUGCUUUGCUAACAUUGAUUAGAGUUGGAAAUCAUAGAAGAAUGUGAACUUGUUUGCACUUUUAUAUUAUUCUACAGGUCCUAGGUAUUUACACUGCUUUGUGACUGUUACAUAUUUAUAUUUAUUUUUAUGAUGAUAUGAAGGUUGUAAUAAUGUUGUAAUACUGUUAAUAAUUGUAAUCUUAAAUGGGAAAAUAUUGUUGGUUAAAACCCUGCACUAUGUAUAUAUUUACCAUAAUGGUAACAAUUUCAGUCUUGGUGCCACCUCGAGUACGACUCAAUUUCGGUGGCCAUACAGGUUAAGAUCCGCCCACCUGGCAAGGUUGCCAAGUGAAUGGAUCUUCUCCCGAUAUCCCCACGUACGGGUGGGCGAUAUCGG